CGCACUACGUGAUAACGUGAUGUCGAGGUUCCUGCUACUCGCGGCUUUGGUAGCGUUUAGUGGGUGUGCCACAGCCAGAAAAGGCUAUAUUCUGACGUUCCCGCGAGAAUUAAAGGCUGGUGGAAUGGCCAACAUGUGCUUGACAUUCACUGAUUUAGAUACCACUGUUACCGUGGCAAUGGAAUUUCUAGAGAAGGACAACAGUACUAUCAACUCCAUGGUUCAUGACUUCCCUAAUGGUGAAGGGGCAUGUGUGGAGCAUGAUGUGCCCAGCAAUCUGGCCGGCAAACUCAUACAACUAUCUAUCAGAGGAGAAGCUGGUGACUACAUGUUUGAAAAUCGUAAAUGGGUCCAGGUUCGCACCCAGAAUCCUCUUCUGACGUUUGUCCAGACUGAUAAACCGAUGUACAAACCGGGACAGCUAGUGCAGUUUAGGGUUCUCAGUCUCAGUCCAGAUCUCACUCCAAUGGACCAGAUGAUUUCUGCAGUGUAUAUCCAGGAUGCUAAAGGCACUAGGAUAAUACAAUGGAAAAACAUCAAAACAGAGAAAGGCCUGGCCUCCUUCAAGCUGCCCCUCUCUAAAGAACCUGUGCUGGGCAAUUGGAAGAUCACGGUUCAACUGAAAGAAGACAUGGAAGCAACUGAGCAGGUGUUUAAGGUGGAGGAAUAUGUUCUCCCCAAGUAUGAAGUGACAGUCAAGUCUCCUCAAUUUGUCUACAUCAAUGAUGAUGUCAUCGAUGUGGAAAUAUGUGCCAAGUAUACAUAUGGUAAACCUGUGAAGGGAGUUGCUGAAGUUGUGACCCAGGCUAAGACAACAGGCUAUAGUUACGGUAGACCUCGUCCGAUCCUCCUCUCUAGACUUGAUAUCAAUGGUUGUGGCAAACUGACCAUCAAUGGGACAGAACUGCGUCUGAAAUCCAAUCGCUUCCCAAUCUGGGACGCGAGUAUAUUCUUUGAUGCUAUUGUCACAGAGGAGGCCACCGGUAUCAUGCUCAAGGGCAAUGGAUCAAGCAAAAUAUAUCGCCAACGCUACGAAAUCGACAUCAUCUCUUACACAGAUAAAUAUUUCAAACCAGAACUUCCAUUGAAAACCAAGGGUUUAGUGACCUACCCUGACGGUCGACCAGCGGCAGGUGUCAACAUCAAAGUGGAAGUCACAUCCUACCGUCCAGAUAUUCAAUACAAACGAUUUGUCAGGAGUGAUGAUGAAGGCUUUUUCGUCUAUACUUUCCCACCGAUGAAAAGGGAGGUCCGAGAAUUCAGUAUCUAUGCAUCAUCUCCUGAGAAGAUGAAAGACGGCUGUAACGACUGCUACAAGAUGUUGACAACUCGCACCAAUCUGCAAGUGAAGCAGUGGUACUCACCGUCAGGCAGCGGCAUGCAGGUCACUAACGAAGCUGUUGACGAGAAGGUGGAUUGUGGCACAGAAUACCAAGUCGGCAUUCAGUAUUUGACGGAUUCUCCCUCAAGAACCACAUUCCAUUUUGAGGUCAUGGCCCGUGGCGCUAUCAUAAGCCAGGGGAUGCAGGUACGUGACUUCAGGAAGAAAACAAAGUCGCUCUGGGAUCUGUUCUCAGGAAGACGUAAACGGGCUGUGGAUGAUGAAGACGAUGAUGACAGUGAUGACGAAGCAGGUCCACUCAGCCCUAGAGAUGAUAAGAAGGAGAUAGAAGAUGUUCCGCUCCUUAUACCGAAAAAGAGGUUACCCCCUACGACAACUCCACUUCCCGCGGUAACUCCACCUAAGUUUAUCGAUACGUUUACCAUCCCGAUCAGGAUACUGCCAGAGAUGGCGCCGUUAGCCCGCGUUCUCGUCUACUACAUCAGAGAUGACGGCGAGACUGUUGCUGAUACUCUCCAGUUGAACGUCAAGGAAUGCUUCGCCAACAAGGUUGACCUCGCUUUUGAAAAGGAAUUCUACCGUCCAGGUGAUGAUGCAAAUAUCAAGAUGCGUGCGGAUCCUGAUUCUUUAUGUAACAUCGGUGUUGUUGAUAAGAGUGUUCAUCUCCUGGAUAAGAGUAAUCAGCUUAAUCCAGCCAAGGUGUUUGGAGCUCUGGCUGCCUUUGAUGUGGAGCCAGAUGGUUACAGCUAUAGAGAUGAAUACUGUGAAAAACAGGUUGGUCCAGUGACAAACCCAUGGGAUGUCGAUAUGGAAGUACAGCCAUUCAAACGUAAGAAACGCGACAUUUACUGGCCAAGUGCAAGUUCAAGAUUUGUGGACUCGUCUACUGCAUUCAAGAACACUGGUCUCAUCUACAUGACAGAUCUUAAAGUGGAUACAAGGCCUUGCGAGAGUCCGGAUUAUGAUUACCGAGUUCUUGAGUCUGCGGUCGUCGAACCAGAACAAGCUGUUGAUGCUGACAUUGAAGAGGAAGAAGGCACGUCCACCAAAGCAAAAACAGUCCGCAGAUAUUUCCCAGAAACCUGGCUUUGGGAUUUAGAAACAACCGGCUCAAGCGGUGAGAUGACACUGACGAAGAAGGUCCCAGAUACCAUCACGCAAUGGGUCGGUGCUGCAUUCUGCACAAACUUGCAGUCUGGCUUUGGUGUGGCACCAACUGCUUAUAUGACAGUUUUCCAGCCGUUCUUCGCCUCAUUCACGCUGCCCUACUCGGUCAUCCGUGGCGAGAUUGUACCAGUUGUUGUAACUGUGUUCAACUAUCAGUCUGAAUGCCUUGGGAUCGAUCUCACCUUGACAAGGUCAGCAGACUUUGAUGUGACCAAUGACAAUUACCUGCAGCAGAUAUGUGUCUGUGGCGAUGAGUCCAGCUCAGUGACGUUCAAGGUCACGCCCAAGACCUUGGCGAAUGUCAACAUCACUGUUAUGGCUCAGAGUAACCCUGAUAGUGAUGUGUGCGGUUCCAAACCUUUAUCGACACUUGUGGCCAGCGACGCAGUAACGCGACAGCUCAUUGUUCAGCCUGAAGGUGCCAAAGAUGAGUAUACAUUCAGUACUCUAGUGUGUCCUUCUGAUAGCGAUAAGGGGACAUUCACAGAAACCAUCCAGCUUCCUCUCCCGAGCACCCUCGUUAAUGGAUCAGCUAGAGGAUUCGUCUCUGUCAUCGGUGACAUAAUGGGCCCGACUUUGGAUGGUCUAGACGAGCUUCUGCGCCUUCCUACUGGCUGUGGCGAACAGAACAUGUUGAACUUCGCACCCAAUAUCUUUGUUAUGCAGUAUCUGGAAGCUACUCGCCAACUCUCCACUGAGAUCAGGACUAAGGCGGUUAACUUCAUGAUGACAGGUUAUCAGCGUGAACUAACGUAUCGACAUGAGGAUGGCUCCUACAGUGCGUUUGGAAGCAAUGAUCCCUCUGGCAGCACCUGGUUAACGGCAUUUGUUGUCAAAUCCUUCUCGGAGGCCAGACCCUAUAUCACGAUUGAUGAUGAGGAUGUGAAGAAAAGUGUCGAGUGGCUGAAAUCGUUGCAGGGCGAUGAUGGAUGCUUUCUAUCGGUUGGCAGGGUUCUUCAUAAAGACAUGAAAGGUGGACUGGCUGAUGGUGAUUCAUCUGCUGCACUCUCAGCCUACGUUCUGAUUGCGAUGCUUGAAGCUGGGGAAACACAAGUGUCUGAAUCGGUGCAUCUUGCCCUGGAAUGUCUGGAGGCGAACCCAGUCACUGAUACCUACUCCAUUGCCCUCAUUGCCUAUGCCUAUAGUCUGUAUGAUCCGACCGAUCCAAGGACAAGUCUAGCGAUGAGGAGACUUGGAGAUGCUGCCACCACUGAUGACCAAGGAUUUAUCCAUUGGCAAAAGAACCCACAACUUGUUACUUCGAAGGUUAUCGAUAAUCUUUGGCAAUCUCCGUACAAGAGAGCUGCAUCAACCGAUGUUGAGAUGACAGCGUAUGCACUCAUGGCAUCCGUGGUCCGUGCUGGGAGGUCGAACAUAGCUGCUCUCAUUCCCAUCGUCCAGUGGUUGACAAAACAGAGAAAUGCUAAUGGAGGUUUUAGCUCAACUCAGGACACUGUGGUCGCCCUUCAAGCUCUUGCCAAGUAUGCAAGUCUCGCCUACAGUGAUGGAAUCAAUCUAAAUGUUGGAAUUAUGGGAGAGGGCCUAGACGAGACAUUCUCUGUGAGGGACGACAACAGCCUAUUGCUGCAGAAGAAACCUAUCCAGGUUCCCAAUGACUUGACGAUUAAUGCAAGUGGAACAGGCUGUGCACUUGUGCAGGCAGACGUCCGAUUCAAUGUUGAAGUGACACCUCCUACAACGCCAGCUUUCGAUGUCACAGCUAACAUCAUCAGGAUUAAGCAAGGAGAUGACUGUAGGAAGAGGUUAAUGGAUAUUUGUGUCAAGUACAACUUGGAUGAUGGUGCCUCCAACAUGGCUGUUGUUGAGAUACAGAUGGUGUCCGGAUGGGUCCCAGUGAAGGAGUCGGUCACAGCGUUGAAAGUACAGAGAUCUGACCUUCUUCUCAAGAGAAUUGAAGUCGAGAAAAACAUGGUGAACUUAUAUUUUGAUGAGUUUGAUAGUGAAAUCAAGUGCUUCCUGAUUGAACUUGUGCAGGAUAUAGAGGUGGAGUCGCCUAAACCGGGUCUCAUCAGUGUCUAUGAUUACUAUCAAACAGAAAACUCUGUGCUCCACGCCUACGUGAUCCGACCCUACUGCGGAACAAAGGAGGAGGCUCCUUUUAAUCCUGUGCUUCCCGAAGACGGUGGUGAGAUUACUGAGAUGCGUCUGCCUAUCCAACCAAUGGGGCCUCAAGCUGGACCGGGCAAACCAGGUGACAACCAAGUGUCUCCAGAUGUUGAUUCUCCUCCAGAACCAGCACAAGAGAAUAAGGUCACUGUCUUCGUUGAUGGAGAAGACGAUUCUCCAACUGAGCCAGAGCCAACGCCAUCGAAGCCAGAGCCAACAGAGGAGGAAACUUCGCCAACUCCUACAGACAUGGCACAAGAGUCAACAGACAAAGAUGACGAUACGACAGAACCUGAUGAGCCUACACAGCCUUCAUCUUCUACACGUCAACCAGAACCAGAGACAACUAAGAAUGGUCAGUUGGAACCCGGGUGCCCCAUGUGUCCUGAUGCCAUGCCGCAGAACUUUGUCACUCGAUUCUGUACUUACGACAAAGUAUACAAGGUUAACUACAAGGGCAGCAGUAGUGUUUACCCUCUCAAGGUGAUGACCGACCUGAGGCCGGAGACUGGAAAGGUGGCCAUGAACGUCUUUGCCAAAUACAGAAUGUCCACCAAUUGCAGUUGCUCAGCAUUUUCUCUGGCAGAGAGAGAUGCCAAAUUCUUGAUCCUUGCCAAUGAUGGUCAACUAGAGAUGUUGGACAGUAACCGUGGCAGUCUGACGAUGCUGGAUCACACGUUGGUGAUGGCUCUUACCCGAGACUUGGAGAGACUAGCUUUCCGUACAGCACGACAGGGCUGCUCAAGGAGAGGCUGAGAAGUUUAUCAACCACUUUGCUACGGAACGUUCCUCACUGUUAUUCUGUUCACGGCAAUAACAGCAUCAGUCACGUCGAUGACUGCAUCAUCACAUUAUAAGACCAGUAUUUCAGUCUGUCAUAGUGUGCGUAAUUAUUCGCCGUACCAAAAUAUUGAUCCAUCAUAGUAAAGUGGUUAAUAUCUCGUCUAAAGAAUCAAUUUAAUUACUUGAUAUGAAAUGACUCUCAUAUCCCGGUAUAUAUUUUGUAUAUUAUUUGUCAAGUCUACACUCAGUAUCAACUCCUACUGGCUGUAUGCAUGUGUAGUAGUAGGCCAAGAUCAUUUGAUACACAUAUCAUACUUUUUCGUAGGCCUAUCUCUAUCAUUUUUAUAAAAUAUUGUGAUUUUUUAAUCCACUCUUACUCAAAAUGUUUAUACUCUUGUAAUUUUAUGUCAUUAUGCCUUUGCCACAGACUGAAUUCGCCAUCGUGAACAAAGAAAUUGUUUUAGAUUGUUCCAAAAAAGAAAAAUAUCAUGGAAUGUCCUGUUCCGUAUUAUAAUGUAUGAACAAAGGUUAAUUCUGGCAAUUUAUCAUCCAUGCAUGGACCAUGUGGAUGGAGGUGA